GAUACAGCGUUCAAAACAAAACCUAAGUCAAUAAAAUCAAUUAUUUCUUUCUUAAAUGGUACCAUUUGGAUGAGUUUGUGGUUUAGAUAGUUAUCGCGGUGGUGUAGUGGAUGAAGUGUCCGCCUAGCGAACGGGAGUUCGUGGGUUCGCUCCAAUUCUCGUGGAGCGUUCUCAUUAUCUCCUCCAUAGACACCAGAAGUUGAGACACUAUGGAAACAGCAGAUAUUAAUCAGCUCACUUGCCGCAGAUGUUGGAUAUCAUUUGAAAACAUUGACCAGUUCCUUAUGCACCAAAGUUACCAGUGCAGCAUGGCACUGACUAAUUGUCAUUCACCGAAGGGAAGGUAUACCUGUCAGAGCUGUGUAAGUCAGUUUGAAUCUACAUGUGCACUACAUAAUCACAUGCAGAGCUGCUCUAACGAUGGUUCCUACUUUUUUUACAAUUCUGAUAAAGUUGCUAUUCCAUUAUCAGUACAUAAUGUAGAUUCAUAUUUGAGUGAUGGAGAAGGGGCUGAAUCUGUUGGUAAUUUACAAAAUCUGAUUCAAGCUAUAGUUAAUUCAAAAUCUGAAAUAGUUGUUGCUUUAUGGAAUGGACUGAAAUCUUUGUUGAUGUUGCAUCAAGAUAUUAAAUUAUCAGCACAAGAUCAGCCAAAGAAUACAUUAAAUCCUGACAUAGAUGAAAAGGAAGAUGCAUCAAAAAUCCACAUUGCAAACAUUUGUGAGAAAGAAACAUGUACAAUUCAAACUAUUAAGAAAAGGAAAUCAAGAAAAUCUCAGGUCUCUAAGAAAGGAAGAAUAUACACGAAGACUCAAUUUAAUCGAAAUGUACCACUACAGAAAGCAGAUACAAAUUCACCUAAAAAUGAAAUAACCAGCAAUAGUGUCCAAGGAUUUGAAUUAUCAAAGUCUAAAAUUGACAUAAAUAUUGAGGAUAACAAAAACCACCAUAAAGAAAAUAAUGAACUCAGCAACAACAAAUCUUUAUCAGUUAAAAACAAAGUAGUUCGUGAUUUGAAAGGUUUUAUUUUAAAAAGAAAGUAUAAUUCUUUGAAGAACAAAGAUUCAAUAUCCUCGGACAAAAAAAGAAACACGCAGAGAAGCCAAAUAUGCAGUGUGUGUGACAAGUCAAUGCCAAUGUGCCAAAUGAAGAUCCACAUGGCAAAGCACUCGGAUGAACGCCCAUUUGAAUGUGAUAUCUGUCGUAAAAAGUACAAGUACCAGAAACACCUGACAGCACACCAUCAGACUCAUAGCACACAUUCAUUCUUUUGUGAUCGGUGUGGGUCUGGAUUUGCAACCAUAUCCUUGCUAAGAAGCCACAUUAUCAGUAAACACACUGAGGCCUGUGACAAACCAGCAAAAUGUGAUAUUUGUGGGGCUGGCUUUGCAAACCAAUACAGACUGAACAGGCAUAGAAUGCAGCACACUGGCAGCAAACCAUUACAGUGUGACCUGUGUGGCAUGGGAUUCAGGCAGCUGUACAACCUGCAGCAGCAUGUGAGCACCAAGCACCGCAAGGAGCGGAGGUUUGCAUGCAAACAGUGCGAGAAGAAGUUUGUUACCAACUACCAGCUCAAGUGUCACAUAUUGCAACAUUCAGGAGUGCGGCCUUAUGCCUGUAAGAUAUGUACCAAGGCAUAUACACAGAAGAAGGAGUUAAGGCGUCACAUGAAAACCUUCCACUCUAUGACCAUGGAUGAGGAAUCUCUACCUGACCUCACUAAGGUCUUUGAGGAGCUUCAAGGGACAGAUCCAAUGCUGGAGCACACAGCUGACAAUGACACACGCGUCGAACAUCAGUUCAGUGGCGGCCAUCUUCCCAGUGUGGAGACACUGGACUCGACUGCAACAGUCUAGCAUCCAUCUGCAGUAGAUGGUGUUGCUCACAGUCAGACACACUUCCCAGAAUAUAUCAGCAUUUAAAAGAAAACAUAUUUGGAACAUUUGAAGAAAAACAUAAGGAGUUAAUAUUAGUAGCCCAAAUAAUAUAUUUCUGUAAGAAUGGUCCUACAUACAUACUGGAAAUAUAUUUAACCUGUGGGAAUAGAUCCAACCGAGGGAAUUAUUCAGAAAGGAACUGAAACAAAUGUAUACAUAUGUGAAAAGAACGGAAUGAACAUUUCAAUUUGCUGUCAGAAAAUAAUUGUAACUUGUCAAAAACCAGCUGCGUGUUUAAACACCAUCAUUGAUGGCUGUAGUUCAUCAUCGGGGGGUGGGGUGGGAGGUCAUUUAUGUCAGGUUGGUUAUCACUCUUUUUUAUGCCUUCCUUCAAAGAAGAGGGGGUAUAUUGCUUUGCACAUGUUGGUCGGUCGGUCUGUUUGUCUGUUCACCAGGUGGUUUCCGGAUGAUAACUCAAGAACGCUUGGGCCUAGGAUUAUGAAGCUUCAUAGGUACAUUGAUCAUGACUAGCAGAUGACCCCUAUUGAUUUUGAGGUAACUCGGUCAAGGUCACGGUGACCCAACAUAGUAAAAUGGUUUUUGGAUGAUAACUCAAGAACGCUUAUGCCUAGGAUCAUGAAACUUGAUAGGUAGAUUGAUCAUGACUUGCAGAUGACCCUUAUUGAUUUUCAGGUCACUAGGUCAAAGGUCAAGGUCACAGUGACCCGAAAUAGUAUAAUGGUUUCCGGAUGAUAACUCAAGAAUGCUUAGGCCUAGGAUCAUGAAACUUGAUAGGUAGAUUGAUCAUGACUCGCAGAUGACCCCUAUUGAUUUUCUGGUCACUAGGUCAAAGGUCACAGUGACCCAAAAUAGUAAAAUGUUUCCUGAUGAUUACUCAAGAACACUUAUGCCUAGGAUCAUGAAACUUUGUAGGUAGAUUGAUAAUGGCUGGCAGAUGACCCCUAUUGAUUUUCAGGUCAAUAGGUCAAAGGUCAAGGUCACGGUGACCCGAAAUAGUAAAAUGGUUUCCGGAUGAUAACUGAAGAAGGCUUAUGCCUAUUAUCAUGAAACUUCAUAGAUACAUUGAUCAUGACUCGCAGAUGACCCCUAUUGGUUUUCAGGUCACUAGGUCAAAGGUCACGGUGACCCAAAAUAGUAAAAUGGUUUCCGGAUGAUAACUCAAGAACGCUUUUGCCUAGGAUCAUGAAACUUGAUAGGUAGAUUGAUCAUGACUCGCAGUUGACCCCUAUUGAUUUUCAGGUCACCAUAUCAAAGGUCAAGGUCACGGUGACCUGAAAUAGUAAAAUGGUUUCCGGAUGAUAACUCAAGAACACUAAUGGCUACGAUCAUGAAACUUCAUAGGUACAUUGAUCAUGACUGGCAGAUGACCCCUAUUGAUUUUGAGGUCACUAAGUCAAGGUCAUGGUGACCCGAAAUAGUAAAAUGGUUUCCGGAUAAUAACUCAAGAACACUUAUGCCUAGGAUCAUGAAACUUCAUAGGUACAUUGAUCAUGACUCGCAGAUGACCCCUAUCAAUUUUGAGGUCACUAGGUCAAAGGUCAAGUUCACGGUGACCCGAAAUAGUAAAAUGGUUUCCGGAUGAUAACUGAAGAACGCUUAUUCCUAGGAUCAUGAAACUUGAUAGGUAGAUUGAUCAUGACUCGCAGAUGACCUCUAUUGAUAUUCAGGUCACUAGGUCAAAGGUCAAGGUCACGGUGACCCGAAAUAGUAAAAUGGUUUCAGGAUGAUAAUUCAAGAACUCUUUUGGUUAUGAUCAUGAAACUUCAUAGGUACAUUGAUCAUGACUGGCAGAUAACCCCUAUUUAUUUUCAGGUCACUAGGUCAAAAGUCAAGGUCACAGUGACAAAAAACAUAUUCACACAAUGGCUGUCACUACAACGGAGAGCCCAUAUGGGGGGCAUGCAUGUUUAACAAACAGCCCUUGUUUCAUACAAGCACUUGUAUAAGCCUAAAGCAAAGUUUUCUGGUAAAGCAUUAUUGUCAUUCGUUGUCGUUUUGGUUGUAGUGAUAAAGUUGUUUAACAUUAUGUUGAAGAUACUGAUAAUAAAAUUAUUCCAGAGGAACACUUUUGAGGAAGGUACACAGGUCGUCUGUCUAAUGAAAUAAACCUGCCUGACAAAGUUCACUUUUUAAUGUAGUUCAUUUUAAAAUUUCAUAUAUAUUGUUACCAUUUAUACCAUUGUUAAUUUUGUCUACAAAUAUUCACUGACUGUGACAGUACAAUUCAGAUUGUGUACGGUUUUUAGUUUAUUAUUAUGUGUUGUGUUCAUCAGAGACGUAGUUAACAGUUGUCUACGUCUCUGUGUUCAUUAUGCCCCCCUUCGAAGAAGAGGGGGUAUAUUGCUUUGCUCAUGUUAUGUCGGUCGGUCUGUCGGUCGGUCGGUCUGUCGGUCCGUCCACCAGGUGGUUGUCAGACGAUAACUCAAGAACGCUUGGGCCUAGGAUCAUGAAACUUCAUAGGUACAUUGAUCAUGACUCGCAGAUGACCCCUAUUGAUUUUGAGGUCACAAGGUCAAAGGUCACGGUGACCAGAAAUAUUAAAAUGGUUUUUGAAUGAUAACUCAAGAACGCAUACGCCUAGGAUCAUGAAACUUCAUGGGUAGAUUGAUCAUGACUUGCAGAUGACCCCUAUUGAUUUUGAGGUCACUAGGUCAAAGGUCAAGGUCACGGUAACCCGAAAUAGUAAAAUGGUUUACGGAUGAUAACUCAAGAACGCAUAUGCCUAGUAUCAUGAAACUUCAUUGGUAGAUUGAUCAUGACUCGCAGAUGACCCCUAUUGAUUUUGAGGUCACUAGGUCAAAGGUCAAGGUCACGGUGACCCAAAAUAGUAAAAUGGUUUUCGGAUGAUAACUCAAGAACGCUUUUGCCUAGGAUCAUGACACUUCUUAGGUACAUUGAUCGUGACUUGCAGAUGACCCCUAUUGAUUUUCAGGUCACUAGGUCAAAGGUCAAGGUCACAGUGACAAAAAUCGUAUUCACACAAUGGCUGCCACUAUUAACGGACAGCCCAUAUGGGGGGCAUGCAUGUUUUACAAACAGCCCUUGUUUAGUUUGUGUUACAAGAGAUUUAUAUAAUGUAAGACAGACCCGUCAAUUAUCUAAAGUUUUAUUAGAUUUGAAAACAUGCUAUCAAUAGAACAGAAUGUCAAGUGUCAUUUUGACUUAAUGAAUCCUGCUGACAAUGAUUUAUUUUGUUAUUUUUAAAAACAGGAUAAUUAAUUUGUAUCAAUUUCAUUCCUUAAAGCCAGACUAUACGAUUUUUCAAAUAUUUAUGAAUUUAUAUAAAAAGUGUAAAAAACUUAUUAUACAUAUAUUUCAAUAUAAAUAAAAAUAAAAGAAGAACAUGUGUCGAAAAAUGCGAAAUGAUUUAAUUCUGAAAUCGAAAAUGUCUGUACAGUCGAAUUCCCCAGCAUGUAUAUCAUGCAUGUACGACAUGAAUUUAAAUUAAGUUUAACGGUUCAUUUUAAAUUCCUGCAGCGCUAUCUAUUCAUACGACAUACGAACACUAACUAAAAAGACAAAUGCUUAUUAUAGGAAAUAUAUUUAUGAAAUAUCUUCGUCACAAUCCGCUCGGGGAGCUUAUUUGUAUUUGCUCUAGUUUAUGAAAUUUGUCUUAAAUGUAUCGUUUUUCUUGCCUUUUUUGUGUUAUUGUAACAUAUUUUUAUCAAUAUAUUACAAUUUAUCAAAUAUAAAAAUGGUAUAGUCUUGCUGUAAUAUGAGUAGUAUAAAGUUCACUAUUCAUGUAUAAAAUAUCAUGUUAUUUGUUUGUGUGUACAAUAUGAUGUUGACAACUUGUGGACUGAUUUGUGUGCAGAUAAAAGAGUCUGUUAUUAAG